UGUAGUCCACGCGCCGAAACUAGGUUACAGCGAGCCGCAGAGCAGGGAAGAGCUGGGAGCUGACGAGCCGCUGUUGUUUCAUAGGUGUUUUAUCACAACAGUGCUGUGAGACUGCGCAGAGAGGACAGACCGUGAAUAUCAGAGACACACUGUUGCUUCUAUCCUUUUCUUUAAGAUCGACGUGUUUGCAAAAAAAAGGUAGAAAAUCCAUAUGAGGAUUUGCUGUUGUGACAGUUUUCAGCUGCUCCGUUUUGGAGCAAGUAAGUGCGUGUCGCUGUCAGUGUUUCUUGGCUUCAUUUCCACCUGGAGUUGUAUGAGUCGAAGAGUUGGUUAAACUGCAUCGCCGUCAUGAGAGCUCAAAUAGAAGUGAUUCCGUGUAAGAUCUGUGGGGAUAAAUCAUCAGGGAUUCACUAUGGCGUCAUCACCUGUGAAGGCUGCAAGGGUUUCUUUCGGCGAAGCCAGCAGAACAAUGCUAUGUACUCCUGCUCACGACAGAGGAACUGUCUAAUUGACCGGACCAACCGUAACCGCUGUCAGCACUGCAGGCUGCAGAAGUGUUUAGCUCUGGGUAUGAGCCGGGAUGCCGUGAAGUUUGGUCGCAUGUCCAAAAAGCAGCGUGACAGCUUGUACGCAGAGGUCCAGAAGCACCAGCAGUCCCAGGAGUGUGCUGGGGUUGGUGCCCGGGAGGUGAAUAGUGACAUGGCCGACCAUGGCCGCACCUACAGAAGAGGCUCCAGCACCGCACUCAGCGAUCUGGACGACAUUACCACGCUGCCGGAAGGCCUGCUUUUCGACAUGCUGCUGACCCCAGAGGAAACAGGUGGAGAGUAUUGUAACCUGGACAUGCUGGCAGGCAGUGCAGGCAGCAGUUCAUCCUCUCAGAGUUCACCAGAACAGACCAACUUGGACUUUGUAGAAGGCAACCACAGCAUCAAGCAUGAGUACCAGCUGUUGCACGACUCUGGACUCUUCUCACACGCCAUCCUCAACCCACUGCCUGAGGGCUGCUCCCUGCUUGAGCUAGAACAUAUAACUCAGAGUGUGGUGAAGUCCCACAUUGAGACGAGCCAGUACAGCACAGAGGAACUGAAGAGAAUGGCGUGGACAUUGUAUAGCCCAGAAGAAACACGUUCAUACCAGACCAAGUCAGCGGAGGUGAUGUGGCAACAGUGUGCUAUUCACAUCACCAAUGCAAUCCAGUAUGUGGUGGAGUUUGCCAAGCGCAUCACUGGCUUCAUGGACCUCUGUCAGAAUGAUCAGAUUAUCCUCCUCAAAGCAGGCUGCAUGGAUGUUCUUCUGAUCCGUAUGUGUCGGGCCUAUAACCCCAUCAAUAAUACAUUGCUCUUUGAUGGAAAGUUUUCCACUGCUCAGCUUUUCAAAGCUCUUGGCUGUGAUGACCUUGUGAAUGCAGUGUUUGACUUGGCUAAAAGUCUGAGUCGCCUACAGAUGUCUGAGGAAGAAAUGGCUCUCUUCAGUGCUGCUGUGCUUCUCUCACCAGACCGACCCUGGCUGACAGAUGUCCACAAGAUACAGAAGUUGCAAGAAAAGGUCUAUGUGGCUCUUCAGCGUUGCUUACAAAAACAUGGGGCAUCAGAAGAGAAACUUGCUAAGAUGGUGUCCAAGCUUCCCAUAAUGAAGUCCAUUUGCAACCUUCACAUAGACAAACUGGAGUUUUUCCGUCUGGUCCACCCUGAGACAGCGUAUACCUUUCCCCCUCUGUAUAGGGAGGUUUUUGGCAGUGAAAUCACCUUCCCAGACUCCACCGAAGGCUAGCACCGUUUAGCUAAAUAUUGUGAGUCAAAUAAUAAAGACAUUGAGGAGUAGGGAGAGGAAGGUAAAAAAAAUGUGGCAAUCAGCUGAGGCAAAACCAACCAGCAGCUCAAUGACAAUUCUGCAUGCUACACUUUAGGACACACUCCUCUCACCUCUGAACUCCUAACCCUGUGGAGUAGCUUACACUGCCCUGCAAGCCAGUCCAUUCAGCUUCAACGUAACACUACAGGAACUGCUGCUGGGUACUCUGUGCAUGUUACCUCUGUUGUUUUAGUGAGUUAGAAGAAAUGACUAAAGAGUAGCCUACAUAAUUUGUAUUCUCAAAAAUAUUUUUUUAUGAGGUGACUUUAAAUCUCUCAUCAAGUUGAAUUCCUUUCUACUAUGAAUCUGACUUUCUCAGUUCUCACAGUUCCUGAAAGCUAUUGUUGAAUGUAUCCCCUUUUCCCUUAACCGCUCAGCACAGCCCUAGGCUUGAUAUAAAAUGUACAUACUUAAAAUCCUUACCCAUUUUAUGGAGAUUUGUAAUGAUGCCUGUUUCAGUCUAGUAACAAUAUAUUGUUUCAUUCAAUAUUUUUGGUAGCGCCCAUAUUUUGCAGUUUUGUAACGUAUGAACAAACUGUUUAAAGGGACCAUGAUCAAACUCACAGACAGACAGGGUUUUGAAACUGUGCAAAUCGUGGAAAAACAUUCAGUGCACCUACAAACUCUUGCGCACACAGCACAAAACAUAGCACUUAUGCUGAUCUUUAUAGGUAUUUUUACUAGCACACCCUCAGACACUGAUGUAAGAGAGCUCUUUUUUUUAAUGCAAUCAAUUACCUCAGUCCUAAUACCUUUUUCCUUUGCAAAUGCCACUUAGAAUGAGUGAAGAAUCACAGAGGUAUUUUGAAAGUAUUUUCAGAUGUUUCUUUAUAUAUAUAUAUAUAUAUAUAUAACACCUAUAUAAAUCAUGUAAGAUGAGAGAGCAGACAUGAAUUCAUGCGGAGAGAGGAGGUAAAUGCGCUUGUGCUCAGGUCUCUCAAACAGAUACUGCCUGCCCGUACUUUGGAGUUAUAGGAUGGAAAGAUUGUUGUUGCUGAACAGAAAAUCUAGUGGAUAAUUAGCACUUACAAGUCCUUGUUAGAUUCCAAAAUGAACUCUUGGCACAAGAUUUUACGGGUUCACACUCAAACUGCCAUCUGUGAAACUGUUAAACCAGUCAGAAAUGCUAGAUACACCCUGCGGCCGUGGAUAAGCUAAAGUGCUGGCAAGCCGACCACUGUGGGGUUAUGGGUUCUCAUGGAGGAGCAUCUGGAACUGUCACACCUCAGCCCCCUCCGCAGAAGAGUGCCAUUGCCCAGACCUCCAGCACCGACUCAACCAGCAGGUUCAAAAGACUUUGGGAGUACUGAGGAAAAUGAACUGCGAGUUUGAUGUUGAAAUGUGACAGUUGACUUCAUUGCCACGUACGUGGUUGGAUGAGGGGCAAAUGAUAGAGGUCGGUCACAGCGUUGUUUAAGCUCCUUACACAUUGGUCAGAGAGGAUUUACUGUCUGCGCCAACUCUCACUGCUUUGGGGUCGGACAGACUAUGCUGUCGCAGACACCCAAGGUAGUCUAAUUGGAGAAUUGAAUCCUCUAUUCGUUACUCCCUGCUCCCUUACUACCUCACCCAUUUCAAACACUACAUGGCACAGCAAAGGGUUGACAGAGCCAUCAGCUACCCCCCUGAGUUAGUAUAUCUGCAUUUGUACCAGAGAGCUUCUUGGAAAUAUAAUGAUUAGCAGCGAAAUUUAAAGGCCAGUGAUAACUAUCUUAAACUAUAUUACUUUGCUCUGAAAACUGGACAGAAGACUUAAAUGCUGGCUCUGGUUGUACUGAGUACAUCCUCUGCUUUUUUUAGUCUUUUGAGAGCAAUCCAUGCCUUUAGGUCCUGGAAGGCCUACAUAGAUAUAGAUCUAUCAGGUUUCUGGAGACACAUGAGGGUGUGUCCUGAAACCUUUUUUUCAAAGUAGGGGGACAUAUUGGAUUUUCUGUAAAACAUUUUCAUUCUAGCAGUAUUCUUAAGAAGCUACGAGAAAGUAAUAGUUUUGUUUUCUACCUUAAGCAAAAUAAGACAAUCACACGACAGAUGUUGGAUGUCUCGAUUAUUUCAGCCAGGUUUGCUUUGCACUGCUGGGACGGUGCUGUUCGCCAUAUACUAUAUUAUCUCACAUAGUAUGAAGGGGUAUUACCCUUUUCUGGGUACUUAAGGCAGUGGCAUAGUGGGAUUGUGCAAUAAUGUCUUUCCCAUUGUUCUCUGUGUGUUGGGGCCUUUGUUGCCAAUUAUUACAGUUAAUAUUUUCACAAGCACUCCAGCACAGACACACAGUUAACCUCGCAGCACAACAGAUAAUGUUAUUUAGAAUACAGUAAACCAAAUACACAGUCAACUUCUUUACUGGUCAGCUAUCAGCUGACACGGCCAGAUGACACAUACAGAUUGUAACAAGGUGCAAUACUUUGUGUUUAAAUUCCUAGAAUGUUAGAAAUGUUGAUUUCAAAUGAUACAGUAGCCUACUAUACAAUUUUGCAGGCCUACAAGCUGUCCAGGGGGCAGCACGUAUGUCCUGCACUUACAUUUCCGCUUAGAGUUACUCAGGGAGUUAGCUGGGCUCUCUGUCCUACAGUGUCUGCAGUUAGUCUAGCUAGCAAGACACCUUGCACCAACAUACUGUAGAAGACCUUAAAACCUUGAUCACUGUGUACAGUUCAUGUUCUUGUGAAUGUCUGAUUACAGAAGUAUCAAAGAUUUUACCCCUGUCUAAUAUCAUUAUUGCAAGACUUUUGAGUUCGAGUCAUAGAUGAAAUAGGAUAUUAAAAAAAGUAUCGUAAAAUAACUAUAAAAGAUGAAUUAUAAUCUCUGAAUCUUGUGUUGGUUUUGUUGUGAUCUUUUGUUUCUUAAUUUUUAUCCUUGUAUGUACUGUUUUUUCACAUCAGUUUAGUGUCCUUUUUGUCUUGGAGAGAUGUAAUUCUAUUUUUUUUAAAGAGCGUUUUUAAAGAUGUCUCCCUAAAAGUUUCUCUUUUGUCAUGAUCCUUCUGUUUGUGAUAUAUUUUCACACUAUUUUAAGAUUAUUAUUAUUGAAUCAAUAUAGAUUUUAAUAAGAUAUAAUUUAUGAUAUGUCAUGGAUAUUGGAGCCCAAGAGGUUAUUAACACAGUAAGUGUUAUUGCACAAUGGUGAUACAAUAUGUGGAUUUAAGAAUGUAAUAAAAGUCUUUUUGCAA